AUGAAUGAUUCAGAAGUUGUUGCAAACAAUCGGUAUUCAAAUUCUUUUGGAUCUUGCAGAAGUACAGGUUCAGAAAUAUUUAUUGAGAGGAAGUUGAGGACAAGAAGACGCUGUCAACAGCCCAAAACUCUGAACAGCCCUGAGGACAGCAUGUACUAUAACCACAUUAAUGGAACUCUAGACUAUCAAGGGAGCAAGAGGAAGCCGAGAAAACUUGGCCAAGUCAAAGUUCUAGACAGAGAAGAUGAAUAUUAUAAACUGUUAUCAACUGACUCGAUUCCUGAGGAGGAUCUAUCUGUUUGCUCUCCUUUGGCACAGCAAGAAGUGUUUUUUGCCUCUAGCUAA